CUCGAGCUACGUGUGUGUUCAUUUGCACGUCCUCUUGCUGCUUUUUCUUCGAAACGAUCGUACGAGUUUCAAGAAUGCGUCUCAAACAUAAUUUUAGUUCGCGUAUUCUGCAAAUUAUUUUUUUUGGCAAAUUUUUCAAAUUCUUCCGUAACUUUAAAUUGGAAAAUGAAAAGCUUGCAAUUCGAAAUUGCAAAAUGGGGAGCUUAAAUUGAAAAAUGGGCCUAUGGAAUCCUGAAUAAUCGCGACUAUCGCAGAUGUUCGUUUCUACCGUGGCAGUCGACGUAUAAAUCUUCCAACCGUGGGCAAUCUUUUUCAUUUUCCUACAGAAAAUUAUGGGUUAAUUUUUUUACGCUAUUUUGAUUCGUUGUUAACCAUACGUAGAAAAGAAAAAAGAACAAGAGAAACGACCGAAUUCACGGUAAGAGUACGAAACAGAAAAUAUGCUUGAAACGUCGGGAAAUGUUUUUUGUCCCGAGUGUGAAACGUUGUCCUUCAGUCUUAAUACUACCGUUGGCUUUUUCGAGCUGAACGACACGAACGCGGUUGACGAUCCGCAAGAAAUACUCGUCCCAUCUAGGUGUUUUCUCUCGACAAUUGAUAAGGGUACAAGAAUUUUUGCGGCUAUUGUACACCAAUGUAUUUUUUCGAUUUUCAAGCGUUUCUCGAGUAUACUCUACAGGAUCAACUAUUUACAGCAUUGUCUAAAUAAUUACUAGUAAACAAAGAGGUAAACGAGAGAAAAAGGGAAGAAAACGGAAGCAAAAUGGGAAGAAAAGGAAAAAAAUAGUGAAGAAAUAGUCGCGCGAUUCGCUGGAAGAUGGAGUUUAUUCCCGGAGGGAUCGUUUUUCGCGACGAUGCGAGGGAAAUUUCUUAGGUGGACUACGGGAGAUUGCGCGAAGAUUUAUUUGGCAAAACGCCAUUUAGGAAAUUGGUAUCCCGUCUAGAUGGCUGCGUUGAAGAUCACCAAAGCCAGGAACGGAAACAGGUAGCAAAUGAAGAAGUACAUCCAGUGGACGUAAAUGAAUAUGCUGAAGAUGAACAGCACCGAACAGCUAAACGUGCAAAACGAGAAAGAGAAAGACGAGACAAGGAAGAAAAACGAGACCGGAAGGUCAGGUUCGUCGCAAAGAAACUGGAUCAGGAAGCUCGGGAAUUAUUCACAGACCAAGUACCAACUUCCGUCCAACCCCUUGGGGACAAAUGCUAUGAGACCUCUGGACAUGAACAGUCCGUGUAACACCUACAAACAUCCGACUCCUACGAAAACUUCCGAUUCCCCGAAGACGCCUCCCGAGAUGCCGGACUUGGAGAGUAUUAUCCGCGAAUUCGAGACUGGUUUUCUUUCGCCCACCAAGUCGCAGGACAUAAGCAUCGAGCAGUUCAAGCAGAAGAACUUCGUCAAGAAGAUCGUAACAGCGUUCGAGGUAAAGUACAAAAGGUAUAACGACCUCAAAGCAGCGCAAGAAUCGAAGCAAGAAGACGCCUCCCCGUUGAUCGAAACGCCCAAAAGAAAAUUCAAGGUGUUCGGUAGUAAUUUCAAGACCAGUCCCGAAGAACCGCAACAUCGUACGAGUAAAUUCGACGAUUCAAAUCGACGGCAGAACGUUGAAAAGUCGGAAGAGCGGAGCGGUUUAAGAAGAUCCGGGAUUUUUGGCUCUCCUUUUAACGUUUCUUGCGAAGAGCUGAAAGUUCCUGAUUCCGAUAAAUCUCCUCCGGACGAGAUUAAAAAUGAAAACACGAUAUCCAAGGAUAGAAGCGAAAGCUCGAAGAACCGUAAGAAGUUUGCAAUCUUUUCUUCCCCUUCCAAUAGUUGCGGAGACUCGAGCGCAUCAUCGGAGAUCUACAGGGAUCCCGUGCAUGUCGAUUGUCAGAAUUCAAAGGAUCGCAGUUCGAACAGUUCCGAUAACUUCAAGUUCGACAAGGAUAAAAUUCGAGCAUCGAAUUUCCUUUUCAGUCCGUCGAAAGUCUCUUCACUGGACGAAACGAAGAGUAUGGACAGCGUUGAUUUCGAUUUGACGUUGCCAGACCCCGAGGAGACUAUUCUGUUGGAAGGAAACGCGUUACAGAAGACCAGCACCAUGAUCAACGAUCGUCAAAACUACGACGACAUCGACGAUUGUUUCGUUCGAGAAAUAUCCAGCGUGGACAAGACACCGAAGGUAGUUGGAGCGUACCUGAAAGAACCAAUCGAAGUGGAGGAUACUUCCAUCGAUUGGAUACCAAUUACCGGGAAAAAAUUACCGCGAAAGAGAUCCUUGAAGAAGUUGCUGAACGCCUUGACCGGGAAGAGGACCUUGGAGAAGAAGUGCAAACUGUUUUCGUCCGAAAGGAAUUUAUACCAGGACUCGCGCGAACUUCAGGAUUCGGGCUACGACGAUAAGUCCGUCUCUUCGUCAUCUCUGAAUUCGUUAAUUUCGAUUACGGAGGUGCUGCUACAUCAGGAGAACAGUUACAUCGAACGCGAAAGAAGAGGCACUCUUACAACAUUCAGACCGAAGAAUUUGGAGGAGGAAGAGGAAGACGAGGUGUUCUCUGACACGUAUGCGUGCUCAAGCAAACGAAACAGAAAGAAAUUGCUGUUAACCGAGAUGCCAAGGGAGGACGUAAAAGUGGAUCUAGGACCAGCCUACCCGUCGUCUACAAAAUUUAUCACGAUGUCCUUGGAUCGCAAGAUGAUCUCGAAGAAGACUCAUCCGCCUUCUCCGGUUCGGCCAGUGAUAACGAGGUUACCGAAGCAUCCUUGCCUCUCCAAGAUUCCGAAACAUCCGUUCGUAUCCUUGACGAAGAUGGACGAGCUUCAGGAAACGUGCGACGUUCAAGAAUCUCGCGACAGCGAGGAGUCAUCGGUGAUCAUUAAGAACGACCUGUACGAAGUUGAAUUUCGCAAAAGCUGCAUGGACGUAUAUUCAUCGGUAUCCUGUCGCAGUUCCUCAUCGACCGAGAGCAAUUACGAUGUACCAAGGAGGUUCUUAUCGAAAUCUGAGAACGAGCUGAGAUUGGAUUCGGAGGGAAAGCGAACGGAACCAAUUUACGAUGUUCCAAAAUCCACUGUUCUUGACAGACCAAGAUCUAGCGUCUACGAGGACAUCGUCGCAUCGAGAAGAAGCGUGCAGUCGUUCGAAUCUGCACCUCCGAGCAUUUACGCGGUCCCUCGAACAUUGGAGGUUCGUUGCGCUACUGUCGAGACAAGAAACGGCAAUAUGUAUCUCGAUAACAAAGUCCCAUCUUUGAACGACUUGACCAUUGACGAAAUGCGUACUGCUGUUUAAACGACGAUUCUUCUUAUCGCGCUCGAUAUUCUUUUAACCCUUUACAACUUAACAAACGAUAUUUUCACUUUUUUUUAUAGAAAAGAAAUUUUAAGAGCAGUUUCACAUUUUUAACUUCGGAUAACUUUAUUAGAUAUUCAUGUAAGUUUGCCAAAAUUAUCUACAACACUAAAUUUUUAUAAUAAUUAAUUCAAUUUAUCGUUGCAUUAAAUACUACAGCCAAUAUAGAUUGCAAAGGGUUAGCGGCGUGUCGCAAUCGCAUACGAACUGCUUUUUUAGACAAUUUUUCGGUAGAAGUUACUGACAGAUUUUAUAUUAUACGACAAUUUGUUUAUACGGAGUAAUUUGUCGGGGGACUGUAUAGUACAAACUUUAUAUAUGCGAAUACUGACUAUAGACGCUUAGGACUGUUAGCUAUUCAUGGUUUUAACGCUUAAUCCAGCAAAAUACGCUUCGUGUAAUGUUUUCGUAUACACAUCAAAUUGUGUACGCGUUAUUUUACGAUUGUACCGUAUAUUUUAGCAGUUGCACGUUUUAAGCGGAGGGAAAAAAAGCGUUGCGUGACGGAGUCUCGUAUAUUUCGCGAGAUAUAUUUCACGAGAUCCCGAAACGCUUUUGUAUAUGUAUUUCUAUUUGUAGUUUUAAUCCACCCGCGUAAUGCAAUAAUUUUGAGAAAUAAGCAAGAAAUUUUGUAGAAAGAAAUUUUCGCAUAAACGCGAUACGAAUAGGUUAAAAAGACCAAUGUGCUCGAACGAAAAGCGGAAGUUGCGUGUUUUAUUUUUACUUUGUUUAAAUGCUCUUACGACAACCGCCAUAAUUUGUGUAUAAUAUUUUUAGAUUUAAACGAGUAAGUAUCCUGUUCGUUUUUUGAAAGAAAACGGUAAACGAGGAUAUAGGACGUGAAACGAUUUGUAAACACGGUUCGUUAGAGAAGCGACAGAAAAGUCUCCUAUAUUUCUGUGAAGAAAUAUUUGCAGAGAACUCGAGUUUAGUGUUCAGAAUUUUACUUUGUGAUCUCGUUACGUAUCAGUAUUACGUGUAAUGUGCCAUAACGUAUGUUUAAAUAAGGACAAAUUAGGUAAACUAGGGAGCGUAAUAAUUACACGGUAAAUGAAAAGAAAGAAACUGUGCAAAUGUAAUUACCAUGUUACGUAUACUGCGUGUAUACGAAUUAAUGUUGUAGAUUUUUCUCAAUAAAAUUUUCAACGAUCUUGCAAAUUUACAUUGUGCUUGCUCUUUUCGCGGGACACCUUCGUUGGAGAGAAUCGGUAAGAAUAUAAUCUGUUACAACACCGUAAUGUUUAGUUAAUUAGAAGUAGGAUAACAGAUUGUCUCUCUGAAUUUGUAAUAGCGUAUCUGUUCGUGUAUUUGCGUAUCACUGUUUCCAUAUCCGCUAGUUCAGUAAUUUCCCAUCGCGCGUUCGAUAGCUAAAGGAUCCGAUAUUCGACGUCUAGAUAAUUGGAAAUUCAGAUAUCAUAACGAUCAGAAACUUGACACUGAACAGUACCUAUUCGCAAACAGCAAUUUCCUUUUACAUAUCCAGAAUAUAAACAUUUGGAAUUUCUGUUCUUAUUUUACAUAAAAUAAGAAAUAAAAUGAUCAGUAA